UACACAAAGUUAUAGAUGUCACAUUUUCCUUAUUUCCCUCUCUGCCUAUAAUCUCCACAUUUUACUCCACUGUUAGUGGCUAGAGAAAGACUCUCUCUUCUCUACAUCUCACUUAAAAGCAAUCCUAUUGCCAAAUUGUUAAUCUCAUUUAUUAGGUACAAACCUUUUAAAAAAUUAAACUCAUAUAUACAUUCUUCAAAGAGUGAAGAGACAGAGAUGACGAUUGAUCAGCCACGGUACCCCUCUGUCGCUCAUAAGGUAGCUGGCAACUUCAUGGUUAGAUCUACCCAAAACCGAGAUCUUCUGGCAUACCAAAGGCAAUAUAAAUAUGGAAAUCAGACUAAGCCCUGGUUGCAUCGAUGUGAAGGGAAAUAUGACAUGCCGAUGGUUUCAUCCUACUCAUCACCAGUUUUUGUCCAAGCUCCUGCAGAGAAGGGGUUUUCCAGUUUUGCAGUUGAUUUUCUUAUGGGUGGUGUCUCAGCUGCAGUCUCGAAGACAGCAGCUGCUCCAAUUGAGCGCGUGAAACUCUUGAUCCAAAACCAGGAUGAGAUGAUCAAGGCUGGGAGGUUAUCGAAACCAUACAGUGGCAUAGGUGAAUGUUUUAGCCGAACAAUGAAAGACGAAGGAGUUAUGUCUUUGUGGAGAGGCAACACAGCAAACGUUAUUCGUUAUUUCCCAACUCAGGCCUUGAAUUUUGCGUUUAAGGAUUACUUCAAGAGGCUUUUUAACUUCAAAAAGGACAGAGACGGUUACUGGAAAUGGUUCGCUGGCAACCUUGCAUCAGGAGGUGCAGCCGGUGCAUCUUCCCUUUUCUUUGUCUAUUCUCUUGACUAUGCCCGAACAAGGCUAGCAAAUGAUGCUAAGGCUGCAAAAGGGGGAGGGGAACGACAGUUCAAUGGCAUGGUUGAUGUUUACAAGAAGACAUUAGCAUCUGAUGGAGUUGCUGGACUUUACCGUGGAUUUAAUAUUUCAUGUGUUGGGAUCAUUGUGUACCGCGGUCUCUACUUUGGUUUAUAUGAUUCUUUGAAGCCUGUUGUCCUCACUGGGUCGCUACAGGAUAACUUCUUGGCUAGCUUUGCACUAGGGUGGUUAAUCACAAAUGGUGCUGGACUUGCAUCCUAUCCGAUUGACACUGUUCGUAGGAGAAUGAUGAUGACAUCUGGUGAAGUAGUGAAAUACAAAAGCUCAAUGGAUGCUUUUACUCAAAUCAUGAAGAAUGAGGGUGCAAAGUCUCUCUUCAAGGGUGCUGGCGCAAACAUUCUUCGUGCUAUUGCUGGCGCUGGCGUCCUUUCUGGCUACGACGCACUCCAGUUACUUGUACUCGGAAAGAAGUAUGGUUCUGGUGGCGCUUAAGUUUGAAUAUUUGCCAUCUCUCUACGUAACAUUAAUACUCCCUAACGAAGACUUACUUUUCGUUAGUACUUCAGUAGGAGAUGUGAUAUAUAUUGCAGCAGCUGCUGGUUCAAAGUUGCUAGUUUAGUUUCAGGUUCCUAAAUUAAGGCAAUGUAUAAUGUCCAAUUUUGUUAGACAUGGCAAGGCAUAGCUUGCAAAAAGGUGCAAUUUUCUUUUCCCCCACUUUAUGGGGUAAUCUUUUAAGUAGAUUAUGUAGCCAACUCAAUAAUGUAGUUGAGUGUUUUCUAUGUUAAAUCUUCAAUUAUUUCUCUGUU